AUGGCUGGACCCGCACCGAACAGUAACCCCUGGCAGAAACGUGUCCGACGAUUAUUCUUUUUCGUUGGAACAGCCUCGACGGUAUGGUUCGUCUCGUCCUAUAUCCUAGAGAGAUUGAAGGAAACUAGAUUGAGAGCGAUCAAGGAGAGAAAACAGAGGGAUCUAAUGAAAAAUCAUUUCACCUCUUUGAUCUCAACUAUAUCAUUCACCCUCUACGCUUUAUUACCUACCAUCCAGCCGACUUUGUUCGAGAGAUAUAAUGUAGAAGAGAUAUCACAGGUUUUACAGGAUAUCUCGUCUACUACAUCAUCAGAAUUAUCGGAAUCUACAAGUAGCUUGGACCCAAAUCAAAAAGUAAACUCGUUGUUACUUUCUGACACUACCCCAAACCCACAUCCACAUGAAGAAGGUACGAGAGCGGAUGUAUCACAACCUAGUCCCAGUCCAAGCUCGAGUCCAAGUCCAGAAGUAGGUGUUGGUUCGACCUCGGAAUCAUGGGCAUCAGAAUUCCAAAAUACCCAAAAUGGUCAAACUAGUCAAAGAAGAGAAAGCAGUUCGAAUUCCGAAACUGAGACCGAAAGUGAGGGGAUGUUAGGUAGCUCGAUAGGACAGAUUGACACGGAGGAUGCGAUGUCUUCAAUCGUCUCUCAAUCCAUUUCUCUUCCUCCUACAGAUACUUCUUCACCUUCUCCACCUUCUGAUCUGAGUAGAUCAGAACAAUUGCAACCCUCCCCUCCUAGAGGGAACAAGCUCCAGGGUAGGUCGAAAAAGGAUUUAUGGAGAGAGUUGAAAUCGCAGAGCUUAACACGAACGAUAACUACAAUAUACUUAUUACCUAUGUUAUACCUCCUUACUGCAUCUCAAUUGUCUAUCUUGGCCAGAUCAAAAUACAUGAAAGAUAUCGAAUCAUCCCUGGAGGACCCUUCUCCUUCCGCCCAAAGUAAAGCUUCUACAGCCGAUAUUCAAGCAGAAGAAGAAGAAGAGGAAGGAUCGACUACACCAGGGAAAUCCCAACCGACCAAAAAGAAAGGAUGGUUCUCUCUUUCUUCAUAUUCGAUCGAGUCGAUGGGUUUAUCAGAAUACGUGGAAUCUUCAAAAUCCAGUAUAUCAUCGUACCUUCCUACUUUCCUAGGCGGUUCGACCAAGUCACAACUAGCACCUAUAAGAGAGAAUGAAGAGAUUAUGGCAUUACGAAGACAAGAGGAAGAAGAGUUGAGAGGUGAAGCGGAGAGAUUGUUCUUAACGUAUAGUUGGUGGUUCUUGAAUGAGGGAUGGAAGGGUAUAGCUGAAAGGGUAGAGGAAAGUGUUGAGAAGAUCUUUGGAUAUAUGCCACUUAAGAGAGAAUUGACCAUUGAAGAUUGGGAGAUGAAAUUGAAAGAAGUAAGAGCAGAGAUUGAGAUGGAAUUGUCUGUCAAGUCGACCAUCGAAUUGUAUGACUUCACAUCGCAUAUCCUCCCUACUAGCUCCUCAGCAUCAACUUCAACCGAUACACCCUAUCCGAGAACACCUUCUGAUCAUUCAUCUUACCUACAAGAAUUAUAUGAUCAAUCCCUUGAGCAGAUCUCUUCGGCAGAUGGAAGAUACUUGAUCGAGAAAGGAAUAUCAACUUUAUUAGGUAGCCUGUUAUCGGAUCUGAAGACUGGAUUGUACCAUCAGCAACCUAAUAGAGCCGGAGUAAGAUUGGUCAAUUGUUUACCUGAGAUCAAUAAAUGGGGGAAGAACGUUUGGGAGGGUAUACCUGAUUCUGGAGUCGAGUCUCUAUUGGGAGUACAGGAGUUUGAAAGUUUCUCGGCUUUGGUAUUUGGUGAUUGGGCGCCGAGAUAG